UUUUCAUUCAAUUCAUUCAACCUUGUUGUUGGAUUCCCGGUUCGAUCUCUUCCACACUUCCACGACCAACUCUCAACCACCUCUCCCCUCCAAUUGAUUCGUCAAUCUACCCGUCGCAACCCUCCUACGAACGGGUAGAAAAUCCUCGCCCUUCAUGUUGGCAAGAUCUUGCCUGCGCUCUACGCGCAUUCUCAACGGAGCCAGAAAUGGCGCGACCGCUUUUACCAAGCGAUCUAUUUCGUCGAGCUCCGGAGCCUCCAGCGAAUCCGCAACGAAAAUUAACAUCGCUACUGCUGCAUCUACAGCUCUUGCUGUCGGAUCUGUAGCAUGGUACUAUCAUCUCUAUGGAUCUACUGCGAAUGCCAUGACGCCUGCUGAGGAAGGUCUACACCCGACAGCAUACCCAUGGGUUCACCAGCAGUGGUUAAAAACCUUCGACCACCAAUCUCUUCGUCGAGGUUUCCAGGUCUACCGUGAAGUCUGUGCAGCAUGCCAUUCUCUUAGCCGAGUUCCUUACCGAGCACUUGUCGGAACCAUCCUAACUGUCGAUGAGGCGAAGGAGUUGGCGGAAGAAAAUGAAUACGACACAGAACCCAACGAUGAGGGUGAAAUCGAGAAGCGACCCGGAAAGCUAUCAGAUUACAUCCCUGCGCCGUACAAGAACGACGAAGCCGCUCGAGCUGCCAACAACGGUGCCCUCCCCCCUGAUCUAAGCUUGAUUGUUAAGGGACGACACGGUGGUUGCGAUUACAUCUUCAGCUUGUUAACUGGAUACCCUGAGGAGCCCCCUGCAGGAGCAUCUGUCGGUGCUGGUCUAAACUUCAACCCUUACUUCCCGGGUACUGGUAUUGCUAUGGCCCGUGUCCUAUAUGAUGGUCUCGUUGAGUACGAAGAUGAGACCCCUGCCUCUACUUCUCAGAUGGCCAAGGAUGUAACGGAAUUCCUCAACUGGGCGGCGGAACCGGAGAUGGACGACCGAAAGCGAAUGGGUGUCAAGGUUUUGACUGUUACCGCUGUCCUUUUCGCUCUAAGUGUUUGGGUUAAGCGAUAUAAGUGGGCGACACUAAAGUCGAGGAAGAUCGUCUACGACCCACCUAAGGCAUCCAACAAUGUCCGCUCAUAAACGAGCAUCUGCUGCUGUAUGUACUACUAAAGUCACCAUACCGCUCCUUUGUUAUGGCGAAGGGGGAAGAAAAAGACGUGAGGUUACUAGGGGCGGGAGUAAUCCUGAGUCGCGACUCUAGAGUGUAUAUCAAGUCCUUUAAAUUUAGACGUUCUCAGAAGUUUUACUUGAAAGUACGACGGGACCGACUUGAUAAUAGAUACCUGUGAAGACAAAUUUUCUCUCAACUCGAUCAGAUAUUCUUAUAUUUUUAUCUGGAUAUAUAUAAUUCCUAAAAAUAAAUAGUUUCCUGUCGAGUAAAACUCUGC